AUGCUGCUUGAUGAUGAUGCCUUCAUCCGGAGUCCAGUUGGCUUCAACAUCGUGGAGACAUUCGACAAGCAAGGUUACUUGAUGGCGGCCCGGAAUAUUGUGCAUGACAUCCCAUGGGUCACCUGGGGCCUCCCGGAGCUUGUGCGCUACUACCUAGUCACCCACAAAGUUGUACCGGCCACACUCUUCGAGCACUGCAAUCCGCCUAAUUUGACGGGGCUGUACUCAACGAUGUGGAGCGAUUCUCUUCAUCAGCCCACAGAGGGCGGUUGGGAUCGGAUGGUCAUCUUCACCAACUUGGUCAUGUGGAACCUGGACUGGUGGUUCAGCCCCUUGGUGAAUCGCUUCGUGCACCUGUGCGUCGCUAGUGGAGGUGUCGUCGACCAGCGUUGGAAUGAGCAGGCCGUGAUUACCAUGGCAUGGCAGAUAUUUGUGCGGAAGGAACAGUUCUUCAUGUUCAAUUUCAGCUUUGAACACACGAAAGGGUCCUACAUUGCUGAUCAGUUCUUCGAGGAGCACAAGCUUAAGCAUGUUCCUUCACCAGCAUGA